CAAUACAAAAUAAGUGAUUAAGUCUUCAGAGCGUUGAAUCUUCAGAGCGCAAGAUUGAAUUACAGAGUGAGUCCAACAUAACUUGAAAUAAUGAUUAAUCAACAAUUUUCAUUUCAAGUUGAAUCCGAUAAGCAACAUUUUGUUUUUCAUUCACUUAAUCACACAAACAAAAUCUUUACAUUUGACAACAUUGAACCCAAAACCAUGGAUUUAAACUUUACCUCAAUUUUAAUCGUUUAACCAACCCAGUGAAAUCAAAGUGUUUCAAUCUGUCCAACCAAAUAAUGUCGACAACAAUUAACAGUAAAUCAAUGAACCAACAAAUGAACCAAUCUUCACCAACUGAACAUAACUAUCAUUACCAUUUUUAUAAGACUGAACAAUUAACUUUCUUGUGUAUAUUAUUCAUAAUGAUUUUGGUUGGAAACAUUUCAGUCUUAAUAACAUUACUCAUCUCAAAGAAGCGUAAAAGUCGGAUGAACUUUUUCAUGAUGCAUUUAGCAAUUGCAGAUCUUCUAGUUGGAUUGAUUAACGUUCUCAGUGAUAUUGUCUGGCGAUUUACAGUUGACUUUUAUGGAGGCGAUUUAAUGUGCAAACUUGUUAAAUUUUCAUCAGUUUUGGUUACUUACUCAUCAACUUAUGUUUUAGUUUCAGUAUCAAUUGAUCGUUACGAUGCUGUUACAAAUCCGCUCAAUUUUUCAUCAAGCUGGUCAAGAGCUCGUCGGUUGGUCGUUAUUUCAUGGGUCCUUAGCUUUGUCUUUGCUGUUCCAGCAGCUUUUCUCAAUCAAGAGGCUGAAAUUAAAGGCCAUAUACAGUGUUGGAUCAACUUGAGUUCAAUUGGCUGGCGUUUGUAUAUUACUUUGAUUGCAUUUACACUGUUUUUCAUUCCCGCAAUCAUCAUUGCUGCUUGCUAUUGUGCCAUUGUCCAUGUCAUCUGGACUAAAAGUCCAUACACGGCUUCAGAUGAUUAUAAUAUACGAAAAUUAGUUUCAAAUCGUUUGGAAUCAAUGGACAAGAUUUUAACGGCCAGUUCUUUGGAUCAAUCAAAAUAUCUCAGCUCUAGCGAAAAAGGAAUGAGUUUAACUGCCAGUGAAGAUGAUUUGAGUGGAUUGAAAAGAGCCAGUUCUAGAGGUGUUAUCCCAAAGGCCAAGAUCAAGAGCGUUCAAAUGACUUUGGUAAUUGUUUUAGUUUUCAUCCUUUGUUGGAGUCCUUAUUUUGUUUGGGAUCUUUUACAAGUCUAUGGAUUUAUACCAAUUAAUCAAACAACGGUGGCCAUAUCAACAUUCAUUCAAUCAAUGGCUCCAUUAAACAGUGCUGCUAAUCCAAUAAUUUAUGGACUUUUUUCAACUCAUCUUUGCAGAAACAUAAGAAUAAAUUGACAAAAUCGAAGCCAGAAAAUCAUAAUCAAUAUUGAAACCUUGAAUGGCAAAGACUAUUGUAACAACUUUGAAAGCAAAGACAUUAAAUGAAAAUAAAGAUGCCAUUUCUUUCAAUUCAA